CCAAUUUUAAAGAUGGCGGAACAUCCGGUGCACGAAAUACCGUCUUGCUUGUAGUAAAUUUUACUUUUUUAAGACGUAAAAAAAUGAAUUUUUCGGAGCCGUUUAAGCAGAGUAGUCACCUCUGUAAAUUUUCUCCGAAUGGGAAAUAUUUGGCUAACAUUCUGCAGUACAGGCUGAUUGUGCGAGAUGUCCAGUCUCUUCAAAUCUUGCAGCUGUACACCUGUCUGGACACUGUCCAGCAUAUGGAGUGGUCAUCAGAUUCAGCCUUCAUCCUGUGCGGCAUGUUCAAGCGAGGCAUCAUACAAGUCUGGUCCCUGGAACAACCAGAGUGGACAUGCAAGAUAGACGAAGGAUCAGCUGGCCUAAUCGCGGUACGAUGGAGUCCAGAUGGCAGGCACAUACUGACCACUGCUGAAUUCCACCUGAGGAUCACUGUGUGGUCACUAGUUACCAAAUCGGUGUCCUACAUCAAGUAUCCUAAGGAAGCAAAACAGCCAAUGCACUUCAGUCAUGAUGGGAAGUACCUGGCCUUAGCAGAGAGACGAGAUUGUAAAGAUUUCAUCAGUGUCUUCGCUUGCAACACAUGGCAGUUGGUGAAGCAUUUUGAGACAGACACCAGAGACAUGGCUGGACUGGAGUGGUCACCCGACGGCAGAGUGCUGUGUGUCUGGGACUCACUGCUUGAGUACAAAGUACUGCUGUACUCUGUUGAUGGGCGUUGUCUAGCCACCUUCAAGGCAUAUGAUUAUGCCCUUGGAAUCAAGUCUAUAGCUUGGUCACCGUCAAGCCAGUUCCUGGCUAUUGGAAGUUUUGAUCAGAAGGUUCGAGUUUUGAAUCACAUAACAUGGAAGACAGUGGUUGAACACACUCAUCCACCCAACCUUGACAGUGGCUCUGUGGUUUUAUACAAAGAGGUGGAAAAGAGACCCCAGUUGGUCCGAGAAGGGGGUCGAGGAGGCAGUAACCAGACCAGCUGGAGACCAGACACUGCCAUGUUCAGUGUCCAGAGUAAAUAUGAGGUCUUAACGGAGGGCUCUAUUCAGAUCCCAGUGGUCAAACCGGACCCAGAUAAAGCCAAUCCAAAGGUUGGAAUCAGCCAGCUAUCAUUUAGUCCUGACAACCGAUACAUGGCCUCCAAAAACGAUAACAUGCCCAAUGCUUUAUGGAUAUGGGACGUUCAGAAGCUGUGUCAGUCUGUGCUGCUAUUGCAAGUCAAUACCAUCCGCUGUAUGCAAUGGGAUCCCAUCAAAGCAAGGCUGGCCGUAUGCACUAGCAGUAACAAGCUGUACAUGUGGUCUCCUGCUGGCUGCGUAGCAGUGGAAGUCCCCGCUGAAGCAAGUUUCCAAGUGAACUGGUUGCAAUGGCACCCUGACGGUAACGCCAUCUUGCUGAUGAGCAAAGACCAGAUGUGCGUCUGCUUCCUGACCGAGGACUCGGCUUAAGUGACUGCCAUUAUGCCAUCUCCUUGCUUGCUUUGUCAUAAGGACACUUCAUAUGUUUAUUCCACCUGCUUCGGGACAAUUGCUAUAAAGCAUAUGCCUCUUAUGUGCCGUCUAAGCUUUGUCCACAGCAAGAAACGCUGGAUGUUGAGUAUCUGCCUUAGACUUGUCAGUGAUUGAUUUAAAAUGCAGACUUCCGACUGGGGCCCAGAUCUAGAAACAGAAGACAUGACACAGUUGGCAUCAUAUGAACAGUCGUAGCAUGUUUCCAGAUCCGACAAGAAAGCAAGACACAACUGUGAUAAACAUCACUGGACGUCUUAUAAUCUACACCAGCAUGAACUGGCCGACAGCAGAUUGGAAGCUUCAGUAUUGGUGCCAUACUACUCAUGCAAUCAUCUGUUUGGGCUGGACUUUGGGCCGUAAUUAACCUUUCUUUCCUCCUGUGAUAUUUUUGCCAAGCAAAAUGUACUCUUUAAGCAAACUUCAAGCAGUAUGCCGUCUUUCAACGAGUGACUGAUGCAAAGGCAUCGUCACUCUGCAAAACACUCUUCAGAACACUUAGUAGUAGACACUAGAUGUGACUAAACUUGCUCCAUCUGAAGACUCUAUUGACAUGAUUACAUAUAAACUUGUACCAACUUGCCAAUCACUGUUGAGUCAGCAUGAAUGCCUUCCGUCAAGCCGUCUUUCCAUCUUCUUCUAGUGCAUUAUUAGGGUAAGUCAUUUUUUGCACUUGUUUCAGCAACAGUUCAUUGUAGCUGCACUUUUUAAGUAUUAUUUUCCAUAUCAUAAGCUAUUGCCUAGCCAAAGUUACAGGUUCUAUUGUGUUGGAAAUACCAUGCUGAUCGUAGCCAACUCUAAAAUAUGACCGAGUGCGGUAUUUGUUCCGGAAAAUCUUGAAAUCUUGUAAUUAGAAAAAAGAGUCUACAUGUACAAUCAGAUGUUUAUAGUUUUCUGCUGAAGGGACCUUUUGAAAAUAUUGAAAUCUUAUUCAUUGAGUAAAGUUUGGUUGUGGAAAGAUGUUGAAAUAUAUGGGCAUUAUUAAUUUCCAUUUUCAAAACAAGGGACACAAGUCUUCUGGAUACACUUACUCGUAGACACAGCAGCAAAGAACUAUGAAAUCAAUUUUAUUUAUCCGAGAAAUGCCUUAAUGUUAAAUCAUGAAUUAAUUUUGUUUAUAUAAUGCUAACAACUAGGUGAAUCCUUGGGCACAUGUUGCAAAGUUGCUAAGGGGCCGAAAUGUCCGAAGCACAGCUGCUAAGGCGUUUGGAAAUUAGGCCAAAUAAUUCAAAUGACAUGACACGGAUUCAUGCCGAAUAGCAAAUAUGGACAUUGAGUUUCAUGUUACCUGUGUGCUGUGCCAUAACUGGGUUAAUGAAAAUGCAAUACCCUUGAAUAAAUUAAAUAUAAGGAUAUUGAAACUUCAUAUCCUUAAGCUUGAAAAUGUAAAGAGACCAAUUUAAAUAGACCAAUUUAAAUAAAGCAAUUUAAUAAGUAUAUUGACAUAUGUUUGUGUUUUUGUCUUCAUUUUAAAAAUAUGAACGUGGAUAAAUGUCAAACUGUUUAGACUUUUGAAAGACCUGGCCAAACUUCUUUCGCCAAAUACUUCAAUCUUUUUAACUAAACACGAAAAAUCAAAACUUGUGAACUUAUUGAAGUUGACCAUCACACAAGUAUGUUACGGUUUUAAACACUCAGUUGAAGGCUUGAUGUCUGAUGUCCUAUUAGCUAACGAUGUUUGCUGUCAUAUGUAAGCAAUAUCUUCUUUGUUUACAACCUGCUGAGGGAGCCAUCGUGUUUGGUGUUCCAAUACUAGAAAUAAUGGAUACCAACAGAGUAUUGCCUUUGCUGAAGAAUUAUGACGCAAUAUAUGUGCAGUGUACAACAAAACAGAACUUUACGGUUUACUAACUAUUUAAAUGAACACUUAAAUUGUAUUGCUUUAAACUCA